AUAUCCACACAGCGCAAAGACGACUGCCGCGCAGACGCUGCUCAACUUUUAGACGCGCGAUCUACCUUCGCUAAAUAAAAUACCACCACACACUAUUCACCAUGAGUCGAUUGUCGCCGGCAGAUGCUCCAGAGCUAGAACCCUCAGCUGCGCCCAGGAGACGCAGGCAUGACGAUGAGGAUGGGCCAGACGAGCCCACGCCUGCGCGCCCGAACAAGAAGCAAAAACCGCCUCCCCAACCGAAGCAAAAUACCGCCGUCUACGUAACAGGACUUCCCCUCGAUGCCACGGUAGAUGAGGUGCACGAAGUGUUCUCGAGAAAGUGUGGAGUCAUAGCGGAGGAGAUUGAUAGUGGUGCACCCCGGAUCAAGAUGUACACAAAUCCAGACGGGUCCUUCAAGGGCGAUGCGCUUGUCGUCUUCUUCAAAGCUCCGAGUGUGCAGAUGGCAAUCCAGCUGCUCGACGAUAGCUACUUCCGAUACACAACAAACGGAACUACCACUGGGCGAAUACGCGUGCAAGAGGCAGACUCAAGCUUCAAAAAGGUCCACUAUGACCAGGAGGGCGCAGCAGACGAAAAGACGCAGGCCAAGAAGCCGCAAAAGAGCAGCAAGGACAGGCAAAAGAUCAUCAAGAAAACCCAAAAGCUUGAAGCGAAGCUGGCAGACUGGGACGACGAUGACCCCUACACGGGGCCUGGCCAGGCCGUGAGCAAGUGGGACAAGGUCGUCAUCCUGAAGCACAUGUUCACGCUGAGAGAACUCGACGAAGACCCCACUGCGCUCCUGGAUAUCAAAGAAGAUGUGCGCGAUGAAUGCGAAAAACUGGGCACCGUCACCAAUGUCGUACUGUUUGACGAGGAAGAGGACGGCAUCGUCACAGUCAAGUUCAAGGAAGUCGAGGCAGUGGACGCAUGCAUCAAACUGAUGCAUGGCAGAGCAUUUGACGGCCGCACAGUUGAGGCCUAUCGGGCAACGGGCAAGGAGAAGUUCAAAAUGUCCAAGCAGGAGCAGAAUGGGGAUGAGUCCGAUUAAAGCAGAUGCGACUGAGCAUGGCACGUUAUCCCGGUUCAGGAACGGCGAUGGACAGAUGUCUGGUGGUAUGGCUCUGCAAGCAUAUUCGUUUCCACUUCACCACCAGGAAUACGCAUCAAUCUCUACCUCCUCUGAAAGUCCAUUUUGUACGGCCCCUUUGACGAUCGUAUACGAUACAU